CCACGCUACACGUGCUGCCCUACUGGCACCGUGCCCUCAGUUGGCGAGGGCAGUUUGCUACUGUAAUCGAGGGACUUAGCCGCUACGCCCUACUCCCUUCCAUUCGUUUCUUGAGUUGGCAGCCAGCUCCCACGCCAAUGCCCUCUGCCAAAGAACGACUAUCUGAAGUAUCAGCACACCCGACUCGCACUUAGGCAGCGCCAGAUUGAUCCAUCACGUUACUACUCGAAGGCCGGGUGCUCUUCCUCUACGAGAAUGCAUGGAAGCUGACAUUCGUAGCUAUAACGAAGUUCCGGCAAUGGCUUUCCCCACAAACUCCCGGCUUCCUAAACAUGAGCUUUACCAACAACUCCAACCACACCGGCCAUUUCAGCACAAGAACCGACAUCUUUCACCGCCCUCGAUCCUUCUACGACGAUCUCCCAGACUUGAAAUAGUCCAUUCGAAGCCACACGCACAAAGAAAGGGGGGAGAUAGAUAGGCAGAACAAGCGCUGCUCAGCGCCCUCGAGGCAGCUCUGCUACACUAGUCACGAAGACCCCGAUCCCACUGUUAGACACUUCGAAGAUAACCAACUUGCCGAUAUAUCUAUAUGCCAACUUUCAAAUUGCUACCGCUCAAUAUCUAUACCGCCGAAUACUCGUGACCGCGAUGCUAUCAUACCUACAAGUGCCACUCGGAGGCUUUGUGUUUUCGAUAAUCCUCCCCUUGAAGCAUCCUUUUCUUUUUGAAGUAUUUCAGCCUCGGCCGCUGCGACAAGGAAGCAUCUUUUCUUUUCUCCGGCUCACCGUCGCUCAACUUCGCGUGGGAAAUAAAGCAACGAUAUUGCGACGGCUUGCUCUCAAAACCACACAUAAACAGAUGGGGAUUGAAGGGGCAAUGGAGGGAACGCGCAGCGCUGAGUAUGUCACAUGGAUCGCUGACUGGCAUAUUUAAUCGC